AGUUUAUGUUUCUGCUGCGGUCGCAUCACGGAAGUGAAUCCAGGUUUUGUGUUGCUAAAUAGUGAGUUUUCAGUGUAUGUUUUCUUUUUAAUCCCACUGAUUAAGCGCGGUGUUUUGGCGUGUAAUGGGUGGAUUUGGAGUGAUGGCUAAUGAGGAAUCUCUGGAUUAUUCCGUGCAUGAAGCGUGGAACGAAGCGACUAAUGUUUACCUGCUGGUUAUUUUGGUCAGUUUUGCACUGCUGAUGUACGCCAGAAAGAAUAAGAGGAAGAUCAUGCGCAUCUUUACGAUGCCUCCCACGGUGGGAUCCGCUCCGGAGCCGAAUUUCUACGACAGCCUGCAGAAAGUGCGGCUCAGGCAGCAGCUGGAGAUGUAUUCUCUCUCCAGAAAGUUUGAGCAGCAGCACCAGCAGGGCCAGGCGACGGAGUGUGUGCAGCUGGCGAUGGAGUGAAGGAGACCUGACAGCUCUGUGUGAAGAUCAAAUGAGUACACGAAUGUGAAGAAGCUGUGUGCUGAUGCAGUGAUGUUUAGGUGUGCAAUAUUUCAGCUGCACCUUUUUUCAUUUCUUUAGUCAUCCUGAAGUCUGAACAUGAGGAAGAACACACACACACACACACACACACACACACACACAGAGACAGACACAGCUCCCUGCUAAACUGCUCACUGAGGGAAGAUAUUAAUAUUUUACUUGAAUGUUCUCUUUUUAGUUGCGAAAUUAUUUAAAAAUGGCAAAAUGAGUGAUAAAGAAUAAGAAAAGUACCUUGGAUGAGUGCCACAAUUGAAUUAUGAGCAGUUGCUGCCACCUAGUGGUUGUUUUUUAGUAUUGCAGGUUCAUGGACUAGCAAGAUUUUUUUUCCUGUUUCUACAGUUGGAUAAAUUCUAAUGAUUAGAAAUGCAGUCAUUCUUCUACAGUUAUCUUUUAAAAAUGUACAUAUAUAUCUCUAUUAUGUAGGUUAUAUGUUUUGUCUUUAUAUGUUUUGUUUAAUAGGUUUCCAUGGUGGAAUGCUAUUGUAUGGUGGUGUACGGUUUUGGAUGUAGCUCAGCCAUGUUUCAGAAAUACUUAAAUUCUUUGCACUCCCCCAUACUAACAAGGUUUACAGGUGUUUUUAUUAUUAUUAUUAUUAUUAUUAUUAUUAUUUAAAAAAAAUUAUCACUCAGAUUUAGUGUCACGUUUUGCAUUUUUGAAAAACAGCGGCUGACUUAUGUCGCCCUCUGGUGGCCGUUUUUGGUAACAGCAAGUUUUUUUUUCUUCUGUGGUAUAUACAGGGUGUCCCAAAAGUCUCCAUACACAGGGGAAAUUAACACUUUUAGCAAAAUGUCUUCCAAAAUUUUUCAUACUUUAAUUUAUAUUGUAUUUUUUUCAAAUAGCCUUUUAAGAAGCAUUUGACAAAAGAAGAACAUAUUGAAAUCAUUCACAAGGUUGUGAUGUCACAAGGUUGUGAUGGAAUUUAACAGGAAACAUGGCAAGCACGUCACACACGACACUGUUGCCAAACUUAUUAACAAAUUCAAAAAGACUGGAAAUGUUGCAGACCAACUGAGAAGUCCAUGAACAUCCACUGAUGAAGGCACAACCGACGUGGUUCUGGCAAACAUAGUGCCCCAUGUAUAAAGACUUUUGGGAGAUCUUGUAUUAUAUGUAAUUCUAUUAUUAUUCUUAUUAUUCUGGUCCCUGUGAUGAAUCAUUUUCAGUUAGAAUUUCUUUACACCACACCUCGUUUAAGUCUUUUUUCCAUUUCCUGGAGUCAGUAUGGGGAUCUUUGAUUUGUAGCACAUUUUAAAUUAUAGAACUCUUAUUGCUUUUUAGUUCUACCUUUUCCCAAAGAACAGCAUGGGUAGUUCACGUGGUUAAGCUGAAUUUUGUUAAAAUAAAAACAUAUUAAGAGAGACACGCCCCUCUAAAAAGAAGGAGAAAAAUUAUAGCAAAAAGCAAAGUAUAAAUAAAGUAAUUAAAAAAAACCUGAA